AUGAGCGGCAUCCUAAGAGACAACGUGUUUUACCUCAAAGACCGCCACGGCCAAUACUGUGACCUGGGGGUCCUAUUUGAGACCCUGGAGGUGCAGGACACACACAUUGUAAUCACGCUGCCAAACAAGACAAACUUUAAGCUUAUGCGCAAGCCAGACACACCCGAAAGCCAUUUGCCCAUUAAUACCAAGAAGGGUCGGGUGAACCGCAUGUACGUGGAGCGUCAGGUGUUGUGUGUGCUGUACGACUGUGGAACCAAGGGCUACGUGCCAUCGAUUUCUCUGUGCGGCAACACAUCCACAAAGCCCCCCUGUACACCCAAGCACACACUGAUGCCGAAACUUUUGAAGCGUCCCGAGUACAUGCAGCGCCGGCCAAAAAAGUACGGCAACUGCACACAGGCACAACCGGUCACACCGACCUGUACCACAAAACCCGCGGUUGUGGUACUACGUGGGGGUUGGAGGGAUCCGAUUGUUCUUGAGCCUGUUGCUGCCUGCGUAGCCGCCGGCGUUCGUCGGACUGUGCCUUCGAUCGACUGUAGGGUCUAG